AUGGAUCAAUGGUUAAAAACUGGUACCAAAAUCCUAAGAAAAAAUAUACCACAGGUUAGUGAUACUAAGAUAAGAAAAUAUAGUGAAGAAUAUUUGUCCUUUGGUUUUUCAUUUGUUUUGAUUGAAAAUAUCGCUAGACCUGAAUGCGUCAUUUGUGGAGAAGUACUAUCUAAUGGCAGUAUGAAGCCUUCACUACUAACUCGUCAUUUAAAUACUAAACAUUCAGAUUUAAAGGACAAAAAUAUCACUUUUUUCAAACGUUUGCUAGAAAAUAAAAAUAAAUGCAAUAUGCGUACUUACCUUUCUACAGGUAGUGCCAACGAAAAUGCUGUCGAAGCUUCUUUUCAAAUUAGUUAUUGUAUUGCUAGAAGUGGUAAAAAUCAUACCAUCGGCGAAAAUUUGAUUUUGCCAAGCAUUAAAGCCGCAGUUUCUUGCAUGUUUGGAGAAGACUAUGUCCAUAAAAUAAAUGCUAUCCCAUUAUCAAAUGAUACAGUCAGUCGUAGAAUCAAAGACAUAUCUGAUGAUAUUGAAGAGACAAUACUAAAAGAUAUCCAUGACAGUCCAUUAUUUUCCAUUCAGGUUAACGAGAGUACUGAUGUCGCACAAUUAACUGUUUUGUUAGUAAUUGCAAAGUAUUUAAAGAAAAAUGAAAGCGUAGAAGAGCUUUUGCUAUGCCAUCCUCUUACUAAACGCGCAACAGGUGCAGAUAUUUUUCACGCAAUUGAUUUUUAUUUCACUGAAAAGAGUAUAAAGUGGUCCAAGUGUUGUGGUUUAAGUACUGAUGGUGGUAAAUCUAUGUCUGGUUGUUACUCUGGUCUCCUUACGCGUGUCAAGGCAGUAGCCCCCCUGGUAAAGUGGACUUAUUGUUGCAUCCAUCGACAAGCUCUUGCAUCGAAACCUCUUCCAGUUGAUUUGAAGAACGUUCUGGAUGAUUCUUGUAAAGUGGUCAACUUUAUCAAGUCUCGUCACACAAACUCCAGAAUAUUUUCAUCAUUGUGUGAAGACAUGGGCAGUUUUCACAAAACCCUCCUUCUUCAUACUGAGGUUCGAUGGUUAUCAUGUGGUAAGGUUCUUACACGUUUAUUUGAACUUAGGCAUGAAGUUCAAAUGUUUUUUGAAGACCAUUCUUUUCAACUUUCAUCAAAAUUCAACGAUCACGAAUGGCUUCAAAAACUUGCAUACUUGUCCGAUAUUUUUUUGAAACUAAACACUCUAAAUUUAACUCUUCAAAACAGUGCACUGACAACAUUUCAAGUCACUGACAAAGUAGAAUCUUUUGUUAAAAAGUUACAGUUUUGGAAGUCGUGUAUUGAGAAUAAUCAACCAGAAAUUUUUGAAACACUAUACGAUUUCCUCUGUGAAACUGAUAUGAUCCUAUCACAAGACAUCAAAAAACAAGUUAUUCAACAUUUGAAUGGACUCAUAGCAGCUUUUGAAAAAUACUUUCCUAAAUGUGGAAAAGAAGACCACUGGAUCGCAUUCCCUUUUAGUGAAAACUAUUUCAAAACUGCAGUUUUAUCAGUAAAAGAAAAAGAAAAACUGAUAGAACUGAAAACGGAUUCUUCACUUGAGGCAGCAUUUGAAAAGAAAUCAAUUAUCGCGUUUUGGGUUGAUAUCAAAGAAGAAUAUCCUGAGCUAUCAUGCAAAGCACUCAAUGUUCUGCUACCAUUCACAAGCACUAUGUUGGUGGAAAGGGCCUUUUCUACGUACACGUUCAUAAAAAAUAAGUAUCGUAAUAAACUGUCUGUAAGUUCAGACUUACGGGUUUAUUUAUCGAGUGUAGAGCCAGAUUUCAAAAAAUUAAGUUCAAGCAAACAAGCUCAAGGUUCACAUUAA